AUGAUGCAACGACCCAACAUGAGCAAUAAUACCAAUGGCACCAAGUAUUCUCCGUUAUCCGUAGAGCCAUCCUCGGAAUUGGAUUUGGAGUCGGGGUCCAAUAAUAAUGAUACUAGUCGUCACUCCCCUGAGCAGCAAGGUCAAUCGCAGUUAUCCGCUACCAUCAACUUGUCCAAGUGCAUUUGUGGAGCUGGAUCCUUUGCUCUGCCUCAUGUCUUUUUGGAAGAAGGCGUGUUGGGAGGAACUCUGGCACUCACAUUAUGUGGUGGCCUGGCGGCCUACACCAUGGCGAGUCUGGCACGCUCCAAGUGGCAAUGCCACGGUGUGUCGUCGAGUAGUUAUGUGGAACUGGCAGAAGCUGCCUUGGGCAAGAGAGCGGGACAAACCGUCUUUGUACUCACAUUGAGUGCUUCCAUGGGAGUGUGUAGUACCUACUUGGUCUUUAUUGGAGAGACAUUAGAGUCACUAUCGUGUGAUAAUACUCAAUCCAAUAAGAAUCUGAUACGGACGUUUCUACCGGACAUUCCAGCAUCGACGUGGGAAGUGGGCACGGCCUUGUUGGUCUUUCCACUGUGUCUGCUACGAUCGUAUCGUGUGUUUGCAUUCACCAGUGCGUUGGGAGUUGGUGCCGUCAUGGGGGGGAUCUUGGUGACACUGGCAUCGGGGAUAUGGGUCGAGCCGGGUAUUGGCGUGGCGCUGGAACAGAUCUGGGACAUGCCACUGUGGCCCGAUUCUCUCGCCAAAGCAUUUGGGUCUUCCUUUGGCACGAUUGCCUAUCUCUUCUGUAUCAACUUUUUAACCUUUCCCAUUCUCAAUAGCAUGGCCAAUCCAAAGGAAGAAUACGCAAGUGCUGUCAAUACGGCCGUGGCCGGAGUCUGGCUGGUAAAUGUCGUCUUUGCCAUUCUCUGUUUGGGAUUCUAUGGUCACAAUACCCAAGAUUUGGUUCUGGGAAAUCUCAGCAAUGGACCAUACCUAUCGGCAUUGAAGCUCUUGCUCUGUGUAGACUUGCUCUUUACUUUCCCUAUCGUCUUUUUGGGAGGACGGCAAAUCUUGGAGGCGGCACUCUUGCCCCCCAGCCACAACUGGCGGACUGCCAUGGUCGCUACCGCCGUGGCGUGCUGCUGGGGACUCACCAAGAUUGGAGGAUUUGGGACUGUUGCCAAUUUGGUGGGAGGAGUGGCACAGGGCACAUUGGCGUUUAUCAUGCCACCCGCCAUUGCCGUGGCUCUGGCGCGGCGCAAUGGAGAGCAAGGAGGAGAAGCCGCGCAUUGGGUAGUGGGUAUUUUUGGGGUCGUGGUCGUCUCCUCUGUCACCUACUUUACAGCGUUCCCAUGA